UUGUACAAGCAACAGACAGAUCGUAGGAACGUGAUUAUUCAUUUACUGUGCUCACAAUAUUCUUUAUUAUCAAUUGCUACUACAAUGAAUCCUGUGUAUACCUACGUGCCCAUAGCGGCGGUACUAUUUAUGAAUAUAUUUAAUGCUUAAAUUUCAUCGAGCAGAACGUUGUGUAUAGAUACCGAAAACAAUUAACAACUUCUACGAUACUGGAACGGCUAUGCGGAUAACGUGUACACGACCACAAAUGCGGAGGUCGUUGAUUCGAUUCUUUGCCACGGUUACAUUUUUUUGUCCAUGUUUUGCAUACGAAAUUAAUACCGGUCCGAAACAAUUGUCACGCGCGAGUCGUGAAACGCGGAGAAUGUUCGAAAAAAGCGAGAAAUUAAUUUUAUUUUACUUUACUUACACUAUCGCGUUCGCAUCGUCGUAUAUCACCGGUGGUACACACACGUAAACAUCAAAAUAAAAAAGCGCUGCGACGUGACCGUGCGAAAAAUGAUAGAAAUUUAAUUCCCAAUGAAAAACAAAAAGAGAACAACUUUCACACCGCGGAAAAGAAUCGAAUCGAAAACUUCCGAAUUUGUGGUCCAAUGCGUUACCCACAUAGCUAUUCCAAUAACGCAGAAGUUGUUUCUUCUUUUCGGUAUCUAUACACAACGUUCGGUCCGAUGAAAUUGAAACAUUAAAUAUCUUUGAGAAUAUUGCCAAUUCACACAAACGUUCGAACGCGACUCAAACGAUUUUCAAUCUCAAUUCAUAAGAAAAUAAAUUCCAUUGAAAUCAGAGACUCAAAGUCCGUGUGACAUCUCCUUGCUAGAAGAAUUCUAAAUUAACUUGUUCUUUCUUCUCCUACGUACAACGUUCAACGUUUAUUUAUUUGGGUGUAAACAGCUGCCAUAUCGUAUUCACGUAGAACAAUUGAAACGUAAGGAAUGCCGCAGACGACCUUGGUUGGAGACAGCGUUAAGAUCGCAAGUUUGUAACUACGUAAAAUAUAAGCAGUUACAUGGUUUAAAGGAGUACAUUAUGUAGUGCAUUUAUGAUUUUUUUUUUAUAGGUGGAAGUGUUUCGGAGAUUUGAAGAUCCACUUUGUUCUCUUAAAUAGAAUCCCAUAUUUUUUAAAUCAAAAUAUGGAAGAAUAUCGAAUUCGAAGUAAACAAGUAUUGACCUUCGGUAGCCACAAACCAAAUAGCUAACGAAUAAUUUCACUUUAUUCCUUGAGAAUUUUCUUCGCGUAAGAUCAAGUUGGUGAUAAGGUUGAAUCUCUUUUUUUGUUAUUCCAAGAAAUAGCAAAGUAAAAUAAAGAUAGUGUCAGUCAUUGUCUAGGAAACUAGUCCUUUCGUCAGCUGAAGAGAAUUCAAAUCGUUUGGGGCCAAUUUGAAAAGUUAUUCCGUUUGAAAAACUGUCAACAUACUUCACGCGGCUAGUGUAUGUCAAUUGUGGAAGUCAAAUUGUUGGUUAGGAUAUGAAGAUAUGAAGAAGCUUUUGUUUCGCAACAGAAUUCAUGUUCAUCCAUCGAUCUAUACGUGCCGACAAACAAGAUACUGCACAUAGAAAGUGGACAAUAUAAAAUAGAAGACAACAAUAAAGUUGCAGAAGUGAUAUAUAAAAUCUCGGAAAUACGCAUUCCUUUUGGAUUAAAUCAAGUAACUCUUUGUUAGAAAAUCAAGAAUAGAUUUGACGCAACAUAUAUUGCUACAUCAAAACCUCAAGGUUCUCAAAAUGGAACUCGAUGAUAUAGUACUUAGCGAUUUAGAUAUACAGAGGAUGAGGAAUUUUGAGUUAUUUUUUGCUUUAAGCAGGACAUGGUCAGAGAGACGAAUUAUUGAAGAUGUUGAUAACUUGCUAAAGAAGGGUGCAGAAAUAAAUAUUGUAAAUCCAGAUGGCAAUACAAUUUUAGAUCUUGCACAUAAAAAGGAUUAUAUGGAUUUAGCUACAUUUCUUUCUGGACUAGGUGGUAAGACAGCAGCCGAUUUAAUGAACUCGCAGCAGCAAAUACAGCAGUCUGAUUCUGUUGGCAAUCAAAAGUUACCGUUACAUGUCGCCGCGGAAAGUGGAAAUGUAAAAAAGAUAGCAUCUCUAUUGAAACUCGAAUUACCAAUGAAACAAUUCGUUCUUACAGAAGUUCAAGAAAAAUUGGUGAAUAAAGUUGAUGGAGAGGGUAAUUCACUAUUAACAAUAGCUGCUAAAAAUGGAAGGAAAGAUAACGUAGAAUUUUUUAUUCGAUGUGGAAUUGAUAUCAAUCAUCUUAAUAAAAGAAAAGAGAGUGCUGUAAACUUAGCUUGGAACAAUAAGCAUUAUGAUAUUGUACAUUCAUUAUUAAAAGCUGAUUCGGAUCUUCCUGAUCGCUUUGAUCUAACUGUGCUAAAGAGAGGAAAGGCGCAGAAGGCACUUAAAGAAUUUGUUGUUCAAAGAUGGAAUUCUUUGCAUCAACAAAUUAAAGAAAAUGACAUACCAAAUAUUGGAAGGUAUACAAAUGUUGUCCAUGGACCAAAUCUUUAUUUAAAUAGUGAAGGUCGAUCGGCAAUGUUUACAGCUCUUGUAAAGAAAAGAUUCAAGAUUUUUGCGUUUCUUAAAUACGCUGGAUUCAUGUUUAAAAAUGAAGAUGAAGAAGAAUGCCUAAAUAAGAUUCCUCAAGGAGAAAAAGAUAUGCUAAGAACAGAAAUGAUUUUGAAAUUUCCUCAAAUUGAUGAUGGACAUAUUCUUUAUUUAACAUCAAAAUCAAGAUCAAGGCUAGAGAAACCUGAUGACAAAGAACGAAUCGAAAAACUGUAUAGGUCUUUGGAUGCUAUUCCUGAAGUUUCAACAAUUCUUAAAGUGGUACAAUAUAUAGAUUAUCUUGACAUAGUUUUUGAUUUUGAUAAUGAAAACAACAACGAUAUUAAUCCUACUGCUUCGAAAGCUACAAAAGGAACUACUAAUUAUAGUAACGGUAAAAUUUACAUAGCAGCUAAGAUAGAAGAAAAUAAACUAUUAGGCACUUUAGCUCAUGAGUUAACGCAUCUUGCAAUGUACAACCUAUAUAAAAAUGAUUGCAAUCCAUUUGAGAAAUCAGAAAUAGCUAAAAGGCAAUUAUUUGCAGAAAUAACAGCAAAGAUUAAAGAAUAUACAAAAAAUACAGUUCAGAUAAUAAACAGCAAUACUGAAGACAGUCCGCUCAUAAUUUUAGCAAGAGCAUUUACAUAUCCAGAGGAUGAGCAGCAGUCUGAACUAAUUGCAAGGAUUCCACAUAUCCUUGCACAAUAUCAUGAUGAAGGAAAAAGAUGGUUGCUUAAUACAGAUAAAGAAAUCAAAUUGCUUUUCGAUUACUACAGCGAUCAAGCAGAAGGAGGAACAACAUAUCGAUGUAAGAAAUUCAUUGAAAACAGCUUUUUAAUUAAGCCAAGGUGUACUAUCCAAAUUCUUAAUGAAUAUUUAGGAGAAAUAAACAAUGUAAUGAAAUGUGGGCUAAAUUUGGAAUGUUUCAUACAGUUUAAUGACUUUCUAGAGUCAUACCAACAAGUUCUUGUUCUAAAAACGGAGAACACGUUGUUAAGCAUUUUAAGUAUUUAUGAAAGCUUAAUAUUUGAAAAUGAAAAAUAUAUUAUAAAAGAUAGUCUUUUUUCAGAAUUCAAUUCUUAUAGAGAGAAGCAAGACAAAAUCAACAACAUAUUCUACUCUAUAGGAGGUAGAAUGUUAUGUAUAAGAUGUCCCUACGAUUCAAAUAUGGAAAGUUUAUCGGAGACUUUAGAUAUUUUAAAUACGCUUUUAGAACAAAAAUCAAAUAAAAAGAUCGUUUUCAUACUAGCAGAUUGUAAAACAAAGGAAUUCUGGGAUAUCAAAAGAGUGUUUAACAUGAGAUGUUAUAAAAAUGUAGCAAACCACAAGUUCAGAUUGAUUGACCUGACUAAAAAAUCACAGCAGAAGCUCUGGGAUCGAGAAGUGAUAUUUCAAGGACAAACGAUUAGUUUGAACAAAUUAAUAGAUAAAUCGGAUAGAAAUGCGGAACAAAUACUCAAUGAGAAAAUAUUAGAAAGACUUAUUACUAAUGAGGAAAUCAAGAUAGGUAGUAUACCAUUAGGCACAACUGAUUUAGAAGCAGCAUAUUCCGAAUUAAUUGAGGAAGUGAAUAUGGAAUCUUUCAUUAAUAAUUUAUUAUCAGAAGAAUCAAGUGAUAUUUCCAUUAUUAGUGGUAUACCUGGUGUAGUCACGGAGAAUAAGUUAAUUGAAUACCUAGUAAAUGCAGAUAUAGAUAUUAGUAAAAAAUCAAAACUUAAUGAUCUUGUAAGUCGAAUAGCAGUAUUGGACAAAGAUCUUACCAGAGCUAUUGACAAUAGAAUACAAUUAGCCGAUGAUCAAUUUAUGAAAGGAGACUUUAGGCAAAUAUGUCGAUACAAUCGAGGAAGAAAAAUUUAUUGGAUUAAUAUAAAACAUGAGGACAGCGCAUUUAAAUUUAUAUUAGAAGAAAUUUAUAAUCCUGAUUUUUACCUAAAAGGUGACAGAUUUAAUAACGAAGUAGCUAUCGAGAAGAAUAUAAAAGUACAGUUAGGCAGUUCUGCGCUUUCUGAAAUAUUUAUUAUCGGUAACAAAAGCAGAGGGGAGUUAACAAAAUGGCUUCAAUUUAGUGAUGCUGGAGAACAACUAGACUUUCAAAUAAAUUGCAACAAUCAUAGGAUUGUGAUCCUAAAUAAUCAAGAUAAUAUGUCAGCCACUUUUCAAAAACUAAUUGUACAAAAUCCCGAUCAAACGUAUCACUUGCUUAAGUUUGAACGAGAUCAGCUUAUUUGGUGCAAAACUCAUGGCACGUUAGAGAAUUUAUGCACAUAUAGAGCUAAAGAUUAUAGGAAUACUAAACCUUUAAUGGGAGAAGAUGACUUAAUUAAGAAAAUUAAAGAUGAUAAAGUGGUAAUCAUCGUUGGUGAUCCAGGAAUAGGCAAAACUACCGCUUUGGUUAAGUUAUAUGAGUCACAGUAUGCGUCCGAGUCUGGUACAAACGAGUCGAUAAUUAACUCGCAUUGGUUGAUUAUGGUCAAUCUAAAAGAUCAUCUAGACGCAAUAAGAGCCAUUGAUUUUAGUGUUCCAACGGAAAUAGUGAAAAAAAUAGGAGAUUUUUUAUCGCAAGUUGAUAACAGUUUAAGCGAUAAUUUUACCAGACAAUUACUAGAUAUGGCGCUAACGACGCCGAAUUUUGCGCAGCCUUUAUUAAUAGUACUCGAUGGAUUUGAUCAAGUUUUAGAUGAAACAGAUAGAUGUAAACUUAUCUCGUUAUUGGAACAUUUAAAAGAUAAAACUGAAGCUAAAUAUUGGAUUACUACUCGUCCCCAUUAUCAGCAGGAUUUAGAAAGAGCAGUAUCAACGUUUGCUAUAAAGCUUGCUCCGAUGGAUGAUGAAAGAACAACCGCAUUCAUUGUAAAGUACUUAAAGAAUCAUCUAAUUCUCAGUUUAAGUCAUAAGGAGUUUCGAAGCAUCUUCGGCAUUAGCGUUAAAAUAGUAGAGAAUACGAGGUUGCAAGAUUACACCAAGGCAUUCUUAAGUAAAAUGCACGAAUUAUUUGUAAGUAAGCUCAUCGGGACACCGUUACAGCUCUAUUUAAUGGUAGAAGGUUCCGCAAGAUAUUUUAAAGAGUGGAUGCGACACGUUGAUGGUGGAAGCCUAGACUUCAGUGAUCUAGGCAACAGCGUAUGGGAGGUGUAUGAAAAGUUUGUCGACAGGAAAUAUAAUAUUCAUUUUAAGAAAACUAAAAUUAAUGAGCAUCUAACGCAGGAGCUGGAUAAAAUAAUUUUCGAUUCUUAUCACAAAGCUGUAACUAAAUCUUUCAUUUUUGCAUCGGCGCCGAGACAACCAUUAGAAGAUUUUAAAGGUAUAGUGCUACCGGCUGGUAUUAUCAAAUCUCACGGUAGCAAUCUGGAGUUUGUGCACUCAACGUUUAGAGACUUCUUUGCUGCUAAGGUGGUCUACAAUUGGACAGUAAAAUGGAAAGCGGGGGACCACAGUAAACCUACGCACUCACAAAACCAAGAAUACUUAUUGAAGGUGGUUUUGAUAAAGUCAGAUUAUCAAAUGAUUCGGGCAUUUCUCAACAGUAAACUCCUAAAAGAUAAAAUGACAAAUAUACAUCUGCAAGCAAAGUAUUAUGAUAAAGAAGUUUUGUUUGUAGCAGCCAAGGAAGGCAACGUGGGAAUCGCCCGAUUUGUGUUGGAUAAUUCAGAACAUGCUUCGAGCAACAUAAACGACGUUAAAGACGAUAAUGGAAAAACGGUCUUGCACGUGGCAGCUGCUUCUAACAGAUUGGAUAUGUUGAAAUUUCUGAUAGAUGAGAAACAGGCCGAUUUUGAUGUUAGAGACGACAAUGGUAACUCGGUUUUGCAUGUGGCUGUUAAACGUGGUUACUUUGAGAUCGUUAAAUAUCUGGUGAACGAGAAACAGGCGGAUUUUAGUGCUGAAAACAAUAACGGCGUAACAAUUUUGCACUUGGCAGCAUGCUUCGAUUAUUUGGAGAUUCUGAGAUUCCUGAUAGACGAGAAUCAGGCCGAUUUUGAUGUCAGGGACAAUGGUGGCAGAACAGUUUUGCAAAUGGCCGUUGUUGCUGGUAACUUGGACAUCGUUAAAUUUCUGAUAAAUGAGAAAGAGGCAGAUAUAUUUGUUAAAGACAAUAACGGUAACACGGCUUUACACUUGGCUGCCAGCUGCGGCCACUUGGACGUGGUUAAAUUUCUGAUAAACGAGAAGAAGAUCGAUUUCUAUAUUCAAAACGAUAACGGCACAACGGUGUUGCACUCGGCCGCCGUUUCCGGCAGCUUGGAAAUGGUUAAAUAUCUGAUAGACGAAAAGAACGCCGAUUUCAAUGCCAAGGACAUCGAUGGUAGCGCGGUGCUGCACUUGUCCACCAGCUGUGGUCACUUGCACAUCGUUAAAUAUCUGAUCAACGAGAAGAUGGCCGAUUACAAUGUUCAGAACGGCGAGGGCGCGACGAUCUUGCACACGUCUGUCUGCUUCGGUUUCUUGGAAGUGGUUAAAUUUCUGAUAAACGAGAAAGGGGCAGAUUGUCGAUCUAGAAGCAAGGAGGGCAAAUCGAUUUUGCAUUUGGCUGGCAGCCACGGUUACUUGCACAUCGUUCAAUUUCUGAUACUCGAAAAAGGCGUCGAUUUUAAUGAUAGAGACAACAACGGUAACACGGUUCUGCACUUCGCUACACAGUCUCGUCGCUACGACGUGGUUAAAUUUCUGUUAAGCGAAGGAAUGGCCGACGUGAACACCGUAAACAACAACGGCACAACGAUUUUGCACACAGCUGCUUAUUCCGACGAGGCGGAGAUGCUUAAAUAUUUGGUAAUCGAGAAACAGGCCGAUAUCUGCGUCAGAGACAAUGCGGGCAACACUGUUCUGCACUUGGCUGCCGGCCGUGGUCACUUGGACAUGGUUAAAUUUCUGGUAAACGAGAAAAACGCGGAUGUGAAUGCUCGAGACAACGAUGGCACGUCGAUUUUGCACAAGGCUGCCGCCUUUGGUUCCAUCGAGAUUGUUAAAUUUCUGGUGAUCGAAAAGAAUGCCGAUUUCGAGGUUAGAAACAUUAAAAGCCAAACGGUUUUACAUUUCGCCGCCAGCAAUGGCCACUUGGCGGUGGUGAAAUUUCUGAUAAACGAGAAAAAUGCCGAUUUCAAUGUCCAAGACGUGGAGGGUGCCAAAAUUUUGCAACUCGCCACACGGUUUGGCCACUUGGACGUGGUUAAAUUUCUGGUAAACGAGAAACAGAUCGAUUUUAAUGCUCAAAACUAUGAUGGCACAACGAACGUGUACUUAGCUGCUUAUUACGGUCACCUGAAUAUAGUCCAAUUUCUGGUAGACGAGAAAAAUGCCGAUUUUAAGGUUAAAGACCAUGCUGGCAGAACGAUUUUGCAAUUGGCUGUCAGCAGUGGUCAAUUGGAGAUGGCUAAAUUUUUGAUAAGUAAAUACCAGGCCGAAACUGAUUCUACAGAGUUCAAUGUUAGCACGUAUUUACACUUGGCUGCCAGCUCUGGUCACUUGGACGUGGUGAAAUUUUUGGUGAACGAGAAGAUGGUCGAUUUUAAUAUGAAAGACGCCGAGGGCGACACAAUUUUGCAGUUGGCUAUUAACGCCGAUCGCUUGGACAUGGUUAAAUUUCUGAUAAACGAGAAAAACGCCGAUUUCACUGCCAAAGACGAAGACGGCACUACAAUUUUGCACAUGGCUGUUUGCUUUGGUAGCUUGAAGAUCGUUAAAUUUCUGAUAAACGAGAAAGAGGCCGAUUUUAAUGCUACAGACGACGAUGGCAUAUCGAUUCUGCACGCGGCCGUUAGCUGCGGUCACUUGAAUAUAGUGAAAUUUCUGGUAAAUAAAAAGAAAGUCGAUUUUAAUAUUAACGACAAUAAUGGCACGUCAGUUUUGCACAUGGCUGCUUGUUUCGGUCACUUGGAUAUAGUGAGGUUUCUGACGAAUGAGAAAGACGCCGACGUCAAUAUUAGCAACAAUAAUGGCAAGACAGUUUUGCACUUGGCCGCUUGGUCCGGUCACUUGGAGAUAGUUAAGUUUCUGGUGAACGAAAGAAAUGCCGAUGUGAAUGCCAAAGACGAAGAUGGCAAGACAGUUUUGCACGUGGCUGCUAUCUGCGGUCACUUGGAUAUGAUUAAAUUCCUGGUAGACGAAACAGAGGCCGAUUUGUUUUCUGCGGACAAUAUUGGCAGAACAAUUUUCCACGUGGCUGUUAAAUGCGUGGCUGAAUUCCUGAGAAACAGUGGGUCUGUCGCAGCCAGGAGGAAGAGAUAGAAGUUUCACCUGGUUCGGCAAGUAUUUGUAAGCUGAGUAAUAGUGGAAGAGCUAUUUCACGAACUAGUUAGGAGCGAGUCAUACAAUGUUGCAUAAAGGAGGAAAAAGAAUCUAGCGAGCAAAAUGUCGUGGACUUGGGUAAGUGGCAUUAAGUAAGGAAUUGUGAAUCUUUUUCAUAAGGCUGUAAUUAUAAUAAGUUAAUGAUUAAAUAUGUUGUUUUAAGCGAUACAUGAUACACACAGCGUAUUCAGCGCAUUCAGAAUAGCCAUCGUUUUUAAGAUAUUUUCAAAAAUCUGUCGAAGAACUGUUUUGUAUAAAAAUUAAGUAUUCUUCAAUUCUAAGUAUUCUUAAAUAUUCUUUUUCUAAAAUUCACUUCACAAUGUUGUAGCAGAGUGGAAUCCUUCCAUUUACUAUAUCAUUACUUUUAGAUGACUUCGCAUUCACAAAAAUUAGGUAAGAUCAGCACAGAAGGUAUUAUUGUUAUAUUGUUAGAUUUGUCUACCAGUUUUAUUAGUUUAUAAUGAACAUGUAAUUUGAUUAAGAAAUUAUCAAUUAAUUUUCCAUAUUAUCCUUUUUGUUAAUCAAACCCUCAUUUCUGAACUCAAGGUGUUGCGAAGUCAAAAAUAUUAUGGUGUCAUUUAAUUAAUGUCAGGCUCGCCUUAAUUUUCAUAGGGAGAACAUAAUUUUAUGUGCAUUCUACACAGAUUAUCCUUCACAGAUUAUUGGAAAUGUCUAAAUAAUGAUGGUCCAUCUAAAUAAAUAAAUCCUACAUUUGGCCUUGAA